UUUUUAGAACGGAGCUGUCCACAGCAGUGAAUCCAAACCCCUCUGCGCAUACACUGCUGCUUCUCUGCUCACUGUCGUCUUCUUCGCUGAUGAGGUAGACUCUAUCGGGCUUUUCUGCGAACAGGUCGUACAAACAUACAUAAUACGUGCAUUUAUACUUAUAUAUAUGCUCAACUAAUGGAUACACACAGCUAGACACAGAGAGCGAGAGUUGCAGAGAGCGAGCUCGUGUGCUAGAUAGAGGAACCAUGGAGGAAGAGCGCUACGAGGAGGAAGUGCUCGGCUCAAGCUAUACGAUGGAGAAAGUCGCCGCCGCCAAGCAAUUCAUAGAGAAUCACUACAAGAAUCAGAUGAAGAGCAUACAGGAACGCAAAGAAAGGCGGUGGAUACUAGAGAGAAAAUUAGCUACUUCUGAUGUUCCCAAAGAAGAACAACUAAAUCUGAUCAAGGAUCUAGAACGAAAAGAAACCGAGUACAUGAGGCUGAGGAGGCACAAGAUAUGCGUUGAUGACUUUGAGCUUCUAACAAUUAUUGGUAGAGGAGCCUUUGGUGAGGUCAGGUUAUGUAAAGAAAAGAAAUCCGGAAAUAUUUAUGCCAUGAAGAAAUUGAAGAAAUCUGAAAUGCUCACAAGAGGACAGGUGGAACAUGUCAGAGCAGAGAGAAACUUACUCGCAGAAGUUGCUAGUCAUUGCAUUGUAAAACUAUAUUAUUCAUUUCAAGAUGCUGAGUACCUUUAUCUUGUGAUGGAAUAUCUACCAGGGGGUGAUAUGAUGACUCUUUUGAUGAGAGAGGAUACACUCUCUGAGGAUGUGGCUAAGUUUUACAUUGCCCAGAGUGUACUUGCCAUAGAGUCAAUUCACAAGCAUAACUAUAUUCACAGGGAUAUCAAACCCGAUAACCUUCUUCUGGACAGAAAUGGUCACAUGAAGCUCUCGGAUUUUGGUCUCUGUAAGCCCCUUGAUUGUAGAACUCUAUCUACUUUAAAUGAAAAUGAAGCCAUGGGUGAUGAAAACAUUAGAGACCCAAUGGACAUUGAUGGCAGCUUCCCUGGUGCCGGCAAUCGUAGCUGGAGAAGUCCCCGUGAACAGCUCCAGCAUUGGCAGAUGAACAGAAGGAAGCUGGCAUUUUCAACUGUGGGUACACCAGACUAUAUUGCUCCAGAGGUUCUGCUGAAGAAAGGAUAUGGCAUGGAAUGUGAUUGGUGGUCGCUUGGCGCAAUUAUGUAUGAAAUGCUCAUUGGUUACCCCCCAUUUUACUCAGAUGACCCCAUAACGACUUGCAGGAAGAUAGUACAUUGGAGAAAUCACCUCAAAUUUCCUGAAGAUGCUAAACUAUCACCUGAAGCAAAGGAUCUGAUAUGCAGAUUGGUAUGUGACGUUGAUCACAGACUUGGAACUGGCGGUGCCAGCCAAAUUAAGGCUCAUCCUUGGUUCAAGGAUAUCAUGUGGGAUAUACUGUAUGAAAUGGAUGCAGCCUUCAAACCAGAAAUCAAUGGGGAGCUGGACACUCAAAAUUUUAUCAAGUUUGAUGAAUUGGAUCCUCCGACGCCUGCAAGAACUGGCUCUGGUCCUUCACGCAAGAUGUUAUUGACUCCCAAAGAUCUAAAUUUUGUGGGCUAUACAUACAAAAACUUCGAUGCUGUGAAGGCACUACGCAACUCUUCCGAUCUUUUGAGGAGUACAUCACCUAAAAGGCCCUCGAUUGAUUCCAUUUUUGGUGAUUCAAAAGAGGAUCCGGGAACAAGCAAAUCAGUACCAGUGGAAACAGAUGUACACAUGUUCACCUCCACAGGUGACACAAUGUUGCCAUAACAAACAUCGUGUUCUAUAAAACAUAUAAAUGGGACAUAUCACAUAUCUGCGUAUUUGAUCAGGUUUGCUUGUCCCUUGUUUGUUUUAGAUGGUGGUCCUGUGUUUACCGAACCCCGCCCCCUGUGUGACUGUACAGUGUGCUUGAAAAACUAUGUAAUAGUUGGAUUUAAGGUUUAAGUGGUAGUUGUGCAAUAGAAACAUAGAAUAGGUACAUGUCAUUUGUGUCUAGGCUGCCCAGGUUUGCAAUUAUUCAACUUUGCUUUCUCUUGUGGCAGUUUAUGGUUGGACCAUUUGAUAAACUAGUAAAAUAUUCACUUCCCUCAUUUCUGCUAUGCUGUCAGCUAGCUAGAGGAUCUGUUCUUAUAAUCUUAUGUGAUAGCAAAUCUCUAGUAUCUAUUGAAAGGCUUUAGUGAUUGCAAGCUUCUCGGUGUUCACAUGAUUUAUAUGUGCGAAAUUGGUGAAGCAUAUUCGUUUGG